AUGGCUGUUGACGCUUCUGAUAAACCAAACUUGCCCAAAAAAUUUGAGGAUUACAGCGAUGAUGAAGAUGAUCAACCGUUAUCUUUUGAAAGAUACGCCAUCAAGAAUCCAUUGCAUUCUCAAGUAAAGAAAACCACUUAUAGACAGAUAACUGACGUGCCUUCCUCAAAUGGCCAAAAUUCCAAGCCUGUCAACACCUCCUCUAACAAGUCACCCGUAGCAAAGCCUCUUCUUGAUGUUAAGAAACAAACAAAAGGUUAUUGUGAAGAUUUUGAGGAUGACGAUGAUAAUAAACCAUUGAGUUCUACGUGUAAGAUUAAAUCUAAUCAUGGUAGCAUAGUCGCUCCUGUUAUCAAGAAAUAUUCUCAUGACUCAGAUUCAGAUGAUGAUGAUAAGCCUAUUUCAAAAUUUCAGAAAGAGCGGCAAAAUGGAUCUAGCACAAGUAAUAAACAGCAAAAGCCAUCUGCUCUACCAGUUAAGAGAGAACUCGAAAAUUGUGAUUCCCCGGAUUCUUCGGCUAAAAAGUCAAAGAUCUCAGAUUCAACAACUUCAAUCAAAACUAAACAACUCUCUGUUAAGUGUGAAGUUAAAGCUGAGGAGGAAGAUGAUGAUGAUGAUGAUGAUGAUGAUGAUGAUGAUGAUGAUGAUGAUCUUCCUAUUUCCCAUAGAAUUAACAAGUCACCAACACUAGCUGUUAAACCAUCUUCCACAAACAAGAUACUGGCAAAGGUUACUAAAGUUAAUAAGUCUGGUUCAACAUCUUUUAAGAAACAGAUCAAGAACAAACAGACCAAGAACAAGUCAAAAAAAUCCGGCACUGCCUCAGAAUAUUCCAAAUCAUCAAAACUUCUUCCUAGCUCUGGUGAUGGGCAGAAAAAAUGGACUACGUUGGUUCAUAAUGGUGUCAUUUUCCCUCCUCCUUACAAACCCCAUGGGGUAAAAAUGCUUUAUAUGGGGAGGCCUGUUGAUUUGACACCUGACCAAGAGGAGGUUGCUACAAUGUAUGCGGUUAUGCGUGAUACAGAUUACAUGCAAAAAGAUAGGUUCAAGGAAAAUUUCUGGAAUGAUUGGCAAAAGUUGCUAGGAAAAAAUCAUGUAAUUCAAAGCUUGAAAGAUUGUGACUUUACCCCAAUCUAUGACUGGUGCCAAAGUGAAAAGGAAAAGAAGAAACAAAUGACUACGGAAGAGAAGAAAGCUCUGAAGGAAGAAAAAUUGAAGCAAGAGGAGAAAUACACGUGGGCUAUUGUUGACGGUGUUAAAGAGAAGGUUGGAAAUUUCAGAGUUGAACCUCCUGGAUUGUUCCGUGGCCGAGGAGAGCAUCCCAAGAUGGGAAGAUUAAAAGCACGCAUUCAUCCAAGUGACAUUGUAAUUAAUAUUGGAAGUGAUGCACCGGUUCCUGAAUGUCCUAUUCCUGGUGAAAGAUGGAAGGAUAUAAGAAAUGACAAUACAGUUACAUGGUUAUGCUAUUGGAGUGACCCAAUUAGUCCAAAGCUAUUCAAGUAUGUGUUUCUGGCAGCUAGUAGUUCCUUGAAGGGUCAAAGUGACAAGGAAAAGUAUGAGAAGGCUAGGAUGUUGAAGGAUUAUAUAGGGAACAUCAGGGCUUCAUACACAAAAGAUUUUACGAGUAAGGAUAUUACAAAGCAGCAGAUAGCUGUUGCUACUUAUCUCAUUGAUAAACUGGCUCUGAGGGCUGGUAAUGAGAAGGACGAUGAUGAAGCUGAUACUGUUGGCUGCUGCACAUUAAAAGUUGAGAAUGUGACAAGAGAAACCCCCAACAAAUUGAAGUUUAACUUCCUUGGUAAAGAUUCAAUCAAGUAUGAAAAUACAGUUGAGGUUGAGCUUCCUGUUUAUAAUGCAAUUUUGGAGUUCCAAAAAGGUAAAGGCUCUGGUACUGAUCUCUUUGAUAAGCUGGAUACAAAUAAAUUGAAUGCUCAUCUGAAGGAACUCAUGCCUGGCUUAACGGCAAAAGUUUUCCGUACAUUCAAUGCAUCUAUCACACUGGAUGAUAAGUUGAAUAAAGACACUAAAGAUGGAGAUGCUGCAGAAAAGAUUGUUGUUUAUCAGCAUGCAAAUAAACAGGUUGCAAUCAUCUGUAAUCAUCAACGGAGUGUUUCAAAAUCUCACAGUGCACAAAUGACAAAACUAAAUGAGAAAAUUGAUGAACUUCAGGAUGUUCUGAAGGAGCUGAAAGUAGAUUUGGACAGGGCAAGAAAAGGAAAGUCCCCUACAAAGAGUUCAGAUGGAAAAAGCAAACGAAGCUUAACUCCCGAAGUGCUAGAGAAAAAGAUAUCUCAAACCAAUGCAAAAAUUCAGAAAAUGCAACGUGAUAUGAAGACAAAAGAAGAUCUUAAAACUGUAGCAUUGGGCACAUCCAAGAUAAACUAUCUCGACCCCAGGAUCACAGUUGCCUGGUGCAAGCGGCACGAGGUUCCCAUUGAGAAGCUUUUCACAAAAUCUCUGCUGGCAAAAUUUGCUUGGGCAAUGGACGUGGACCCAGAUUUCAGAUUUUGA